AGGCAAGGAUAGAAACACCUGCGAAACUUCUUUUUUUCAACGAUGAACAGAAUUAUUCUCAGCAUUUUCGCAGUUGGCCUGUGUUUUUCAGUUGGCCAGGCUCUGCAGUGCUUCAACUGUGAGCUCUGCAUCUUCAACUUGUUCCAGACCAAAGUCACCUGCGGCGCUGACGAGCAAUGUUUCACCGGUGUCGGAAAAGCAGCUCAGGUGUUGGACAUCAAGACAAAAGGCUGCCUGAAAAUGAACGACUGCAACAAGGUGUCUACAACCAAGUUCCCUUCCAUUUCCAACGUCACAGUCUACAGCGUAAACAAGACCUGCUGUAGCUCGGACCUGUGUAACGCUGCCCCGGGCCAGCCCCGAAUGAGAAUCCUGCACCUGGCCCUCGCCACCACCUUCAUGACCAAAGUCCUAGUGUAAGG